GCUGUAAACUCGGACCUGCCUGAGAAUCUCUACAACCGGUUGCAGACUCCUUGACCCCCCCCCCCCUUCCUUACUACUGAUCUCACCACUACCAUCAUGUGUAACAAGACAUCAGUAGGAGAGAACCAACUCCAGAGGAUUAUCAGAGAUCUACACGAAGCAGUGACUGAUCUGAGUAAGGAACACAGAGAGACGGGUGAACCAAUCACAGACGACAGCCCCAACCUGCAUAAACUGUCCUACAAACUAGAGUACCUUCUACAGUUUGACCAGAAGGAGAAGGCGGAUUUCCUAGGCAGCAGGAAGGAGUACUGGGAUUACUUCAGAGAGUGUCUUGCCAAGACCAGAGGAGUUAAUGACGGCCUGCGGUUUGUCAAGGCUAUACCAGAGUUAAAGACGUCCCUGGGUAAAGGUAGAGCGUUUCUCCGCUAUUCUCUGGUCCAUCAGCGUCUGGCUGAUACCCUACAACAGUGUCUAUUCAACCACAAGGUUACCAGUGAGUGGUACUUUGCUCGCAGUCCCUUCCUGAAGUCUCACCUCAGCAGUGACAUCAUCAGUCACCUGUAUGUUCUCAACGAGGUCCAGUUUGACGUGGCAUUCAGAGGUCACGACCUCGAUGCCGAUUGGCCCACAUUCGCCAGGAGGACUCUGUGGUCUAACUCCGCCCACCUCUGGAAACCUCCCAGUCGCUGUUCCAGUGUCAACAGCCUGGUCAGCUACUCAGGGUUGCAGGAGUUCAAAGGUCAAGAAGGCGGUUCCAGUUUGCUGGCUGACCUGGGGGAGGAGUUAGGGGAGCAGGGGGAGGAGCUACUUGGAGUCCCCACUCCCUGCACUGCCGCAGACGACCUACGCAUCCAGGUUGACCAUUCAGAGCUCAGACAGCAGGAGCUGCUGCACCAAUCAGAGGCGAGACAGGCGAAAUUGCUACAGCGAGUCAGAGAGCUAGACCAGGAGGCAGAGGGGCUGAGGGAUGAGGUCAGAGAGCUGCAGGGGAAGCUAUUGGCUCACAACCAGGAAGCUGUGGCAGCCAACCUCAACAACAUGGAUCUGUUGUCUAAACUAGACAGCCAGGAGAAGGCGAGGCUGGAGGAGGAGAGGGACACAGCGCUACAACAGACCCAGGUUCUGCAGGAGGAGGAGAGGGACACAGCGCUACAACAGACCCAGGUUCUGCAGGAGGAGGAGAGGGACACAGCGCUACAACAGACCCAGGUUCUGCAGGAGGGAGAGGAGAGAAAGGAGAAGGGGGAGGUGCAGGAUGAGAAGGAGGGAGAGGAGAGGAAGGAGAAGAGGGAGGUGCAGGAGGAGAGGGAGGGAAAGGAGAGGGAGGAGCAGGAACGGAAGGUGAUGGAGAAGCAGCUUCAGGAGUUGAGGGAGGAGCUGAGGUCCAGGGACAGAGAACUGACGGAGAGUAGAGAGAAGAUCAGACAAUUGGAGGAGGAGAACACUGACAGACUGACUGGGGCGGAGCAGGAGAGAGAGAAGGGAGAGAUGGAUGGAGAGAAGGAGAAGCUAGGAACAGAGAAAGAGACUGACGAGUGUUCUCAUAGUAAUCUACAUAAGGCUGGGUCUGCAGAGGGACUGUCUAUGGAGAAGAACCAGCAUCUUUCCUCUAAGUCUGAGCCCCAGACCCAGGACCUCUCCCCCUGUCCCCAGACCCAGGACCUCUCCCCCUGUCCCCAGACCCUGGACCUCUCCCCCUGUCCCCAGACCCUGGACCUCUCCCCCUGUCCCCAGACCCAGGACCUCUCCCCCUGUCCCCAGACCCAGGACCUCUCCCCCUGUCCCCAGACCCAGCAGCUCCUCCACCCAGCUGUGUUGGUGGCCCAGCUGCAGCUGAGCCAGGGGGAAGUGCUGCGGCUGCAGACAGAGGUUGUGGAGCUGAGAGCCCUGCUGCAGCUGGGAGCAGAGCUGCAGAUAAGGAGUCAGGUGGAGGGGCUCAACAGACAGCAGGUAGAGGAGCUGCUGCUGGCCCAGGAGAGGGAGGAGGCUCUGGGGCAGGAGCAGCGCCGCAAGGCUCAGACUUCACAAGGCCUAGUCCUGGAGCUGGCCUCCGCCAGGGAGGAACUCCACAGCCUGAAGACACGCUACGAGGGCCUGGCCCUGGAGCAUGUAGACAUCCGGGAGGCCCUGGACCACGCCAACAGAGAGACAGCAGAGCUCGGGGUCCACAUCUGCAGGCUCACCGCCCAGAAUGAGGAGGCGCGAGAGCGAUGGGAGGCGCUGUCCACCAGGUUUCAGGAGGAGCUGAACACCAGCAUGACCUCCCUGCAGCAGGAAAACCUCGGCCUGCAGGAGCAGCUGCUGAAGGAGCGGGAGGAGAAGGGGAGGCUGGGGGAAGAAGAGCAAGGAGACAUCAGGGCUCAGAAGGAGGCACAGCAGGAGGAGAUCCAGGCGCUCUGCUAUCAGCUCAGCAACCAGACCAUAAACCACCAGACACAGUUACAGGUCAGCACAGUACCACAGACACAGUUACAGGUCAGCGCUGAACUACAGACACAGUUACAGGCCAGUACCGAAACACAGACACAGUUACAGGUCAGUACUGAACCACCAGACACAGUUACAGGCCAGUACCGAGACACAGACACGGUUACAGGUCAGUACCGAGACACAGACACGGUUACAGGUCAGUACCGAGACACAGACACGGUUACAGGUCAGUACCGAGACACAGACACGGUUACAG